AUGGCAUCAUCAUCAUCAUCGGCUUUGUCUCUCCCACUCUCUAACAUCCCAAUUUGCUAUAAGUCCUCAGAGUUUCCAAAACCGACCAGUUUAUCCAAAUCCACUCACAGGAGUGACCCUCUCAGUAACCAAACUUUAGAUCAUAAACUCACCAAGAGAGCCCUACUCAGUUUGACUUCCUUAGGGUUUACGUCAUCUCUUGGAACUUUACUUGCUCGCCCUGCAAAAGCUGAACCAGAAGCUCCGAUCGAAGCCACUUCCAAUAGAAUGUCGUACUCGAAAUUUCUGCAACAUCUUGAAGAGAACGAAGUGAAGAAAGUUGACUUGUUCGAGAACGGGACCGUUGCGAUCGCAGAGAUCUCCAUUCCAGCGUUAAGUAAGAUCCAGAGAGUUAGAGUUAACCUUCCGGGAUUACCAGUCGAUCUGCUGAGAAAGAUGAAGGAGAAGAGCGUCGAUUUCGCUGCUCAUCCCAUGGAUGUGAACUGGAGAGCUUUCUUGCUCGAUUUUUUGGGGAAUUUCGGGUUUCCUUUGCUCUUACUUGGCUCUCUGCUCUUGACGACAUCUUCUUCAAAUAAAACCCUUGGUGGACCCAACUUACCUUUUGGUCUUGGAAGAAGUAAAGCUAAGUUUCAGAUGGAACCAAACACAGGGAUAACGUUCGAGGAUGUAGCAGGAGUAGACGAAGCCAAGCAAGACUUUGAAGAGAUCGUUGAAUUCUUGAAAACCCCUGAGAAAUUCUCAGCCUUGGGAGCUAAAAUCCCAAAAGGAGUUCUGUUGACCGGACCUCCCGGAACCGGAAAGACUCUAUUGGCCAAGGCUAUAGCAGGAGAAGCCGGUGUACCGUUUUUCUCACUGUCUGGAUCGGAGUUCAUAGAGAUGUUUGUUGGUGUAGGAGCUGCUAGGGUUAGAGACUUGUUUAACAAGGCAAAGGCUAAUUCACCUUGUUUAGUGUUCAUUGAUGAGAUUGAUGCUGUUGGGAGAAUGAGAGGAACUGGUAUAGGAGGAGGAAACGACGAACGUGAGCAGACUCUAAACCAGAUUUUAACCGAAAUGGACGGGUUUACAGGGAACACUGGAGUGAUUGUGAUCGCUGCAACGAACCGGCCGGAGAUUCUAGACUCUGCUUUGCUCCGACCAGGAAGAUUCGACAGGCAGGUUUCCGUUGGUUUACCGGAUAUCAGAGGAAGAGAGGAAAUACUGAAAGUCCACAGCAAAAGCAAGAAACUUGACAAGGAAGUGAGUUUGAGCGUGAUUGCCAUGAGAACUCCAGGUUUUAGCGGAGCUGACCUUGCGAAUCUUAUGAACGAAGCUGCCAUUCUCGCCGGAAGAAGAGGAAAAGACAGAAUUACACUCAAAGAGAUUGAUGACUCUAUCGAUCGGAUAGUCGCCGGAAUGGAAGGGGCGAAGAUGGUCGACGGUAAAAGCAAAGCGAUUGUAGCGUACCAUGAAGUAGGACACGCGGUUUGUGCGACUUUGACGGAAGGUCACGACCCGGUUCAGAAAGUUACGUUGAUUCCUAGAGGUCAAGCACGUGGUCUCACGUGGUUCUUACCAGGAGAAGACCCGACAUUGAUGUCUAAACAGCAAUUGUUCGCUAGAAUCGUCGGAGGACUCGGAGGCAGAGCCGCCGAGGAUGUCAUUUUCGGAGAACCGGAGAUUACCACUGGAGCCGCCGGCGAUCUUCAACAAAUCACUCAGAUAGCAAGACAGAUGGUGACGAUGUUCGGAAUGUCGGAGAUUGGUCCGUGGGCACUAACAGACCCAUCGACGAAGCAAAACGACGUCGUUCUACGGAUGCUCGCGAGAAACUCCAUGUCCGAGAAACUCGCUGAGGAAAUCGAUUCGUCCGUGAAGAAAAUAAUCAGUAACGCGUACGAGAUCGCGAAGAGCCACGUGAGGAAUAACAGAGAAGCCAUAGACAAGCUUGUCGAUGUCUUGCUGGACAAGGAAACCUUGACCGGAGACGAGUUUCGAGCAAUUCUGUCUGAGUAUACUGAUAAACCGUUAAAUACAGAGGAUAAAGGUCGAAUCAAAGACUUGAUUAGUGUCUAA